UGCUGGUCACGUGAUGUUGUGACGUCAGCAGGUCCUUUCGUUACCCUGGUGUUUGCGCUGAGGCCGAAAGUGCGGCGCACGUGGGGAAGAUGGAGCGUCUGGCGGCGGAGCUUCACCGGGUGCAGGCGCUGAAGUUCGGCAGCUUCACCCUGAAGAGUGGGGUCCUGUCCCCCGUCUACUUCGACCUGAGGGUGAUCGUGUCCUACCCGGCGCUGCUCAACCAGGUCGCGGAUCGCCUCUACCGGACGGCUCAGGAUGCGGGGGUGCAGUAUCACACGGUCUGCGGCGUUCCGUACACUGCCCUCCCCCUCGCCACCAUUAUUUGCGUGACUCACCAGUUACCGAUGCUGAUCCGCAGGAAAGAGGCCAAAGGCUACGGAACCAAGCGUCUGGUGGAGGGCGCCAUCACCCCCGGGGACACCUGCCUGAUCAUUGAGGACGUGGUGACGAGCGGCUCCAGCGUCCUGGAGACAGCGGAGGUGCUCCGACGGGAGGGGCUGCAGGUGACGGACGCCAUUGUGCUGGUGGACAGAGAGCAGGGCGGCCGGGAGAAGCUGGCGGAGAGCGGCAUCACGCUGCACGCCAUCUGCACCCUCAGCCAGCUCAUGGACGUCCUGCAGCAGCUUGGGAAGGUGGACGCAGAGACGGUGGAGAACGUCCGGAGGUUUAUAGCGGGGAGUAAGGUGAGCGCACCAGUCCAGGCCCCCUGCAGCGCCCUCAGCUACUCCACCCGCGCCGCCCUCCCCGACACUCACCCUAUGGCUCAGCGGCUGCUCCGCCUGAUGGAGAAGAAGCAGAGUAACCUGUGCGUGUCAGCCGACCUUACGGACUGUGCGGAGCUGCUCCUGCUGGCUGAGGAGCUGGGACCCUCCAUCUGUAUGCUGAAGACCCACGUGGACAUCCUGAGUGACUUCACCCCCGAUGUCUCCUCCCGUCUCCGAACGCUCGCUGAUCAGCACGACUUUCUCAUCUUCGAAGAUCGCAAGUUUGCAGACAUUGGGAACACGGUGAAGCACCAGUAUGAGGGUGGCGUUUUCAGAAUCUCAUCGUGGGCUGAUGUGGUAAACGUCCAUGCUGUGCCAGGCCCCGGGGUGGUACAAGGUCUGCAGGAGGUGGGGGAGGAGCUGGGCAGGGGCUGCCUCGUGAUCGCCGAGAUGAGCUCCAAGGGGUCACUGGCUACUGGAGAGUACACCAAGGCGGCUGUGCGGCUGGCGGAGGAGUACCCCACUUUUGUGUUCGGCUUUAUCUCUGGAGGUAAAGUGAGUGAGCGGCCGCAGUUUCUGCACCUGACGCCGGGGGUCCAGAUGCAGCCGGGAGGAGAUUCUCUGGGGCAGCAGUACCAGACGCCACAUGAGGUCAUGAACAAGGGCUGUGAUGUCAUAAUCGUGGGCCGCGGUAUCCUUUCAUCUAACAAGCGGCUGGUGGCGGCGGAGAUGUACCGGCGGGCCGGCUGGGAGGCUUACGUGGCCAGGACUGGCGGGCGACCAUGAGUCCCUGCCGAUGGUCGCUAUCACGGAUGAGCGAAUCGACUUCGGAUGAAACAUCCGAAGUCUAUUCGCAUAAAUCUUUGUUCCAAUACUGUACGGAGCAGGAGAUCCGCACAGUAUUAGAAUGUAUUGGCUCCGAUGAGCCGAAAUUAUUGCUUCACUUCAUGCAAUGACUUCAUAAAUUAAUUUGUAUUGUAAAAAAAAACAUUUCCCAAACUCUGGUUCGGUUCUGAGGUACCACUUGGAACCCAAACCUGAGUUCGGUAAUUAUUUUUGUAUUUUUUUUUAUUAUUUUUUAAUGAAGUUCUAUAGUA